AUGCUCAAGAUAAAGCAGCAUGCGCAGUGUAUCUCACCCUAUAAUGUUGAUAUGAACACCCGUGCUUUAUCAUCCGAUGAUCUUUUCAAUUCUCACUAUAUACCUCUCCCAUUUUGUAUACCUGCCUCCGAACCGCAGCCGCUUUUACGACUACAGGCGAAUCUUAUGGCCGAUGGCAUUAUUCUCUGUCUGUCCUUCCAUCACUUUGCCAUUGAUGGGCUUGGAAUAUCAUCACUUAUGCAGGCUCUUUCUGAAUGCUGCCGCAAUCCUGACCAACCGCCUGAAAUAUUGUCGACUUCUCCGGAAAGUGAGGCGCAAAGCAGGACGAGAAUAUUUCAGAGCACAAAUGAAAGUCGCCUGGCCAUGUACGACGUCUAUGGGUCCUACAUUUGGAAGGCAGCACCAAGCUCUGACCUUAGCGCCCCAAUCAGCCGCCGCUUUUGCCUCGACGCUGAAAAGAUCAGAAGGCUUCGAGAAGCCUGUACUACAACCAUUAAUGCCGGAAAUUACCAGGCGCACCGAACUAAUCCGUCGAGCCCUGAACAUGAUGCUAACUGGCAAGGCUUUUCCAACAAUGAGGUCGUAACAGCUUUGAUCUGGCUUUGCGGAAUGCGUGCACGGUCUCGUGCGACAUCGAUAGAAAAGGAUAGGUCUUCAUUGGCUGACCGAAAUUCUUCUCUCUUGUUUGCGGUUGAUGUUCGUGGGAUUCUCAACAUUCCAAGUACAUAUAUGGGCAAUGCAGUUGUCACUCCUACAGCCACGUACGAUUUUAAAGGUACCGAGUUAGGUGCGGUAGACCCUUUGGUGUUCGAUUCAAACACUAGUGACUUGCACGAAUUUGACCCAAACGACAUUACUCUUCUUACCAACCUUGCUCUAUCAGUCCAAACAACAUUCCAGUCUGUCAACCCCAACUAUGUCCAGAAUGUUAUUUCGCAUAUUAUGGCGAGUAAAGAUUGGCACCUUCCAGCCAAGCCUGGGGACUUGUCAGUCAGUAGCUUGCGUCGCGUACGGGUAUAUGAUAUGGAUUUUGGCCCAUGUUUGGGUUCCCCUUGUGACUUUGAUGUACCGGAUAACAGAACGGGUGGACUUAGCUGGAUUACACCUCCACGUUCUGACUCUAGUGCUCGCUUAAUGGGCUAUCCAAGUCGGGGAUUCUGGGAGGUUCGACUUUCACUAAACCCAGUUGCAAUGAAUUCCUUCAUAAGCGACAGGCUUUGGCGGCAGGCCACCUUGGAGAUAGCUACUGCAGAAUAG